AUGGUCAAGCUCAGUGUCCCCCUUACCCUUCUUGCCGUUGCGGUGGCUAGCGUCUUUGCUCAGGACGACAACAACAGCCAGUCUCAAAGCCAGAGCCAGAGCCAGAGCCAGAGCGCUGCUCCUAGCAGCAGCCAGCCUCAGAGCCAGAGCUCGCCAAGCGCUGCUGGUAGCGCCAGCUCGAGCGAGAGCAGGCCUACGAGUGCUUCGAAGAGCGAAGACUCGAAGGGUGGCGCUGGUGGCGUUCCGGUGGUCACGAGCCCUGUCUGCUCGGCCCUCUUUGGCAGCCCUAAGGACCAGCCUUUGGGCGAAUGCAAGGAGAAGUCGACGCGUGUGCCUCCUUACAACCUGAGCUCCCUCGUCGACUACUUCGUGGGUGGCUACCAGAACCAGCGUGGUAACCCUGUCAAGGUGGUCGACGUCGCUGACGACCUCGCUGACUCGGUCGUCAAGUACUACCCCACUGUGACGCAGUCCCGUGACGUGAUCAAGUACUCUAUGUACAACGGUCUUAUCCGUACUAUUCAUGAGAUCCAGGGUGACAAGAAAUUCAAGCCCUCGGAGGAGAUGAAGCGUCCUCCGGGCGCUGAGCCUGGCAACUCGGCCGUCAAGAACAUGCUUGUGCCGGGUGCUGUCGGUGUGGCUGCUGCCGUCAUGGGCGGUGCCAUCUUCCUUUAA